CGCCGCCAUUUCCUGAACUACCUAACCGGCCGGCCUAGCCUGUCAUCAAGCUCAAUCAGCAACCAUCCUCUCGCCAACACCGACGACCUCCAUCGAUAUGCAUAUGCCACCGUCUCAGCUGCUGGCAGCGGCCUUGGUCUCCGCUCUGCUGCUCUUGUGGCGGCCGGCGGGCGCGGCCGAGUACACCGUCGGCGGCGACGGCAUCAACGGCUGGGACACCGGCACCAACUACGCCACAUGGGCGCAGGCCCAAUCCUUCGUCGCCGGCGACGCCCUACUGUUCAACUACGUCAAGAGCCAGCACAACGUGUACGAGGUCACCGAGGCGGCCUACCGGUCCUGCGACGCCACCGCCCCCGGCUCCGUGCUCGCCACCUACGACACCGGCUUCGACAGGAUCGUGCUCCCCGACGCCAAGACCUACUGGUUCAUCUGCGAGAUCCCCAACCACUGCAUCGGGGGCAUGAAGCUCGCCGUCAACGUCUCCGGCGCCGGGGCUCCCGGCGGAUCGCCGACGAUAGACGUUCCGCCGCCUUCUCCGUCGGCGGCCACCAGGAGCAGCUGGACAGCGGCGUGGGGAGGGUUGGUGGUGCUCGGCGUGGUGCACGUCCUGGUCAACCUGGCUGCCUAGCUACUUGACCUGUUCACAGUUGGCUGGCUCGAUCCCACACGCUAUAGCUUAGCUGUUUUGUUCGUUCUCAUGUAUACAUUUUUUUGUUAUAUGUUUUUCAUGAAUCAAUCAUUAUUUGUUCACAAACAA